AUGCGAACAUCCAGGUGGAUCGGGAUCUGGGCCACAUUCCUCCCCGCCGUCCUAUCGAUAGAGACCGCACCUUUUUCCUCCCCCGAAGAUGCCCAAACCAACAAACGAGCCUUCGAAGUCCUUCAGAUCUUAAAGCGCAGCGAUAAUUGUCCCAGCGGUUACAAUGCCUGCACGAACGAAGGAAAUUCCGACGCCUGUUGUAUAAGCGGAACCACUUGCACCAAGGACUCCGCCGACAACAUUGCUUGCUGCCCGACCGGCGCAAGUUGCACAGGAAGCCUGACAGGCACCGCGACCAGCACCUCAACUGGCACCACGGAGACUGGAAGUAGUUUCGUCUUCCCACAAGGAGCGACCGCGACAACUACGACGGAAUCCGGGACAGAGACCGUGUCUACGGCGUCGGGUGCGUACCCAUUCGUCUAUGUGCCGACGAGCUUCGUAAAUGCGCAGUCGUGCUCCUCUUACUACUCGCAAUGUCAGUCGGAGUACACGGGGUGCACAGAGGCUCUCAUGGGCCGCUACGGCGUCACGGUGGGUGGAUCCGGUGGGGGUGUGACGGUUGAGGCGGUCACCGCAACGUCGCAGGCCACGUCUAUUUGCUCAAGUCUGAGUCUUGAGGCUUGCCAUGGUUUGAGUCUUGCUUAUUGUGCUUCGGUCGCUACGGCCACGGCCACGGCUACAGAUGCCAGUGGGAAUGGAGCUUUGCCUGGUCGGUCCUCGAGUCUUCAUGAUUUGGCUCUGGGGCUUGUUGUCGGGUUUGCGGGCAUGGUUAUUUGA